AUGUGCAACACUCAGCCGACUGCGCAGACCGAGGGAGUUUUCAGGCAGGAGCUAUUACCCACAAUUCUACACUUCAGAGAGUUGUCCGAUACCACACAACAUCUGAUAGAGAAAACAUGGGCGAAGCUGGACGGCGAAGAAUGCGACCAAGAAGACGAAGUGGAUGACGAAGAAGAGAAACGACAUGAAAUUUCUGACGAGGACGAUAACGGCUCCGACGACGAUGGCUCCGACGACGACCUAGUCACGGCAUCAAUUUUAUAUGCGCUGGACUCGCCAAAUAUCACAGAAAGAGAUAGGAUACUCCUAAAGGACUCUCUUCACUCGCGGCUGAAGGAAAAUCAUUCAGCCGAGCCUGUGGAAGCAGACUUCAACAUUGCUGCUUACGAUAUCCCAAAGAACGAUGACGAGGAGUGUAUCCAGCUGACAAUUGAAGUUGAUGCCAACGUGCUUGACGCCUUGCGCUCGAGUAUCUACAACGACUAUUGUGAAUGGAAGCACGAGCAAAUUAACUCGACUCUCUCUGUAGAGGAGAUUUGUGUGAGAUUUGUUGACUAUUACCGCAGUCUGCAGAAGAGUGUCGGUGGAAAGGCGCCACGCCAGGAUAGAGUGGGCCAGAGCCAUACGGAGCCCAAAGCGCUUCUUCCAGCUGAGCCCAUCAAUAUGAGCCCACCUACCCGAGUAUCACGAAUUCGCGACGCAAUCGCACUGUCAGCCACGGGCAGGCCACACGGUCGUAUCCAGCUGGAAGAUUUCACCGUCAGCAACCACUCCGACCAAGAGAACAAUCUAUGCCUGACUGUUACAAUCAUGGUUUGUGAGCAAGAUAUUGAUCAUUUACGCUUUACAAUGAGCGAGGAGGACUUGCAGUCGGAAUUGAGAACGCCUGCAGAACGUAGCCGCAAUGAAGCAGCUGGGGAAAGGCUGUACAAAAAAUAUAUCAGCCUACAGGUGCCAGUACAGGAUGCGCCACUGCCUUUGCAGGAGGACUCUGACGGGUCACGCGACGGCAAGCCGGCAGAAGAUACGGUCAAUUGGAAAAGAAAAAGGGCACUUUCUCCUGUUGAAGAAGGUCCUGUUAAGCGCGUUGGCAUCUUCUGUUGA